GAACAACAAUAUGCUAGUGUUUAUAACUGCUGGAUUAUCUACUCUGUUCAGAAUAGGUACAUACCUGUUCUUGCGAGUGUUGCCGUCGACCAUCCUGCGAAGAGCUCUCCCUGUGCUCUAUGUGCUCUAUUUGUCUUCGUUAUACCUUACUCCCACAAUCUCGGCUGUAUCAACAACAGCUGUUGCCCAUAUUGAGAAGAUUAGGCUUCGUGUCGAGAACGGAGAUGUUGAGGAGGAGAAGGAAGAAGACACUAUCGUGCAGAAGGUUCCGCUGCGGGUGCGGUCAGACCCGCUGACGACGGUCCUCUUAUCCAUUCCAGGACCCGCACGUCUCCUUAACCUUGUCAACCUCAUGAUCAAUACCUUGCUCUUCCUCUUCGCCCUUGACUUCGUCUUGUAUCCUGUUAUUGAUGAUGCUAAAGACACUGUUUUCACGCGUGUCGGGGCCGUGUAUCCAGACUCUGCAAAGUUAGUCGUUCGCUAUCCGCUCGACGCUCCCAAUGCGACCGAGAACCAAGUUCGCAUCCUCUGGCGGCAGGCUUCAACCGCCGAGGAAUCUACCUGGAACGCGGGUCCCGUCCUUAAUCUCACAGCCCAGGACGAUUGGGUAGACAUUGCUCGCCUGGACGGCCUUUGGCCAAGUACAAACUAUCAAUACAUCCUCGCCGACGCUGAAGCGACUCCGCUCCCAUACCCCGCGGAACCAAUUGCGUUCCACACCUUCCCCGAUCCGCGUAUCCCAACAGGCUCGUAUUUUCGCUUCGUAGCUUCGUCGUGUGCGACACCGAACUUCCCGUACGUGCCUUUCCAUGGCCGACAGAUCAGGGGUUACGAUCUUCUUGCGGAUUACCUCUGGCCUCGGACUCCCACACCGGAGAAUGCCACCGCUGUGGACGCGAUGAAUAAUGCAAGCGACAAUGCUGUGGCGACGAAGAACGGCGGGAAGCCGCCAGUUGAGUUCAUGCUGUUCCUAGGAGAUUUUAUCUACGCGGACGUGCCAAUGUACUUCGGCGACAAUGUCGAGUCGUACAGGCGACUGUACAGGCGCAAUUAUCAAAGCCCGAGCAUGCGGAAGGUGUAUGAGAAGCUGCCGAUGUUCCACACUUACGACGACCACGAGAUCAUCAAUAACUAUGUCGGCCAAGGUAACGACUCAACGGUACCUUUCAAGAGCGCCGACAAUGCUUUCCGUCUGUAUAACGCCAACGCUAACUUCGACCCUCCGGAGCCUGACGCACAUUACUACGAUUUCCGCUACGGAGACGUCGCAUUUUUUGUUAUGGAUACCAGGCGAUAUCGCUCUGAUAUCCAUCAGGGAGACGAAGUCUCGCGCACCAUGCUAGGCGAGAGGCAGCUGACAGCUCUACAUGACUGGUUGGACAGAGUUAAUCACACCGCGACCUUCAAGUUCAUCGUUACGUCGGUACCCUUCACGGCACUUUGGACCUAUGAAGCCGAGGUCGAUUCCUGGAAUCCUUACCAGUACGAGAAGGACGCGCUCCUCACGACCAUGCAUAGUGUCAAGAACGUCGUCCUCCUUUCCGGCGAUCGUCACGAGUUUGCCGUGAUCAAGUUCAACGCUGAGGGACACGGGCAUAGUCUGGUCGAGAUCUCAACGAGCCCGAUGAGCAUGUUCUGGGUGCCGCUCGUCCGGACACUGAGGCAGAGGAGCGAGAAGAUGGUUAGACGGCUAGUCGACGUGGAGAAGGAGGUGGAGGGAAGCAUUGUCACUGAGGCCGUCGAGGAAGAGGUGCCUCAGGAGGAGGUGAUGAAAUAUGUGCCCGAAGGGAACUACAAGUGGUCCACCUUCGAGGUUGACACCCGAGACCCGCAACAUCCAGUCGCCCGCUUGGAGCUGAUGGCGGAUGGUCGUCCUGCGUACGAACUGGAGAUUGUUGGCAAGUCGGUGGAUAUCCGGCCGCCGACUAAGGGCGUGGAAGCUUUCGUGCCGAAAGGUCUCAAGGGAGUUUUGGACAAGCUUGGCCUGCGGCGUGGCCGCUGGUUCUAAGCCGUGUUGCGGUGUCUAGCACGACUUGACACAUGAUCUACAUCAAUUUGGAUUUCCAUGUACACUCACACUGUAGGGAAGGCUCAACAACGUGUACGG